UGCUGCAGGUGGCAUCCGUGUGGUUGCCACAGUUCUGCUCUUGCUGUGCCCAAGAAAAUGUUUUCCGACCUAACGCAUGACGCAGCUCCAAUGGGCGGUUGCACCUCGCCGUCUAACUCAACAGCUAACAAUGAGUCACGCACAAAUGGCUUUGAUUCAUCUGCGCACAACGCGUUCAAGGCACCAGAAGUUGUCAACAUAACGGGCUCGCAGGGCGUUCAGGUCGGACCGACGUACCACAUCAACGGCCCCGUCAUCCACAGCCGCGGACUGGCGCAAGCUAUUGGGUCUGGCGGUGAUCCGCGACCACAGAGGGAACACGUCUUGCAGAUGCUGCAAGUCACGAGGAUCGUUAAUGAGAAAGACAAGUCUGUCGUGAGCGACCAUCUCGGCGACCUGUGGCGAUCACUUGGUCGUGAAAUGGAGUUCAGUAAUGGACAACUCGACAACAUCGAUAACGACAACAGACGUCUACAAGACAAAGCUUAUGAACUUCUUACCGCAUGGCACGACGAUAAAAGUUCUCAAGCUACUUUUUCUCAGCUUACUCGGCUUUUGAUGCGCGUGAGGGCUUUCGAAGUCGUGUCUAGGUUAUACAGCUCUCUUGAGACAUGAGUCUCAUUCACUGUCAUAUCUUCUUUUUGAAGUAUUGUAAUAACUUACGGUAAAAAUAAUUAAUUGUACAUGUAGAACAAUGCUUUUUCACUUCAAAUCCAUGUUAACAUUAUGUGGGUAAAAUUUGGAGGAGAGAAUUGUUAGUAUUACUUAACUAGAGUUUGGUUUUGAACUUUCCUAUGAAAAAUUUCUGGAAAAAAUUGGUCCCAUAAUUUCAUUUAAGCGGUAAUAAGUACUGCUUAACAAUACAUUACCCUUUGAGGUAACGACGCCACUUUUUGACAAGGGAAAAUGUUCAUAUCUACUGUUGAAUUACCUUACUGUAUUUGUCAACCUACCCAUGAAUAAAUGUGUUUUGAUACUA